UUCUUGAGCAUCAUUUCCCUUGAAAUCGCCGUGGUGUGAAGACUCACGUCUGCUGCGAUUUUAUUAAUUUGUGUGUGCAAAGUAUAAUCUUCCAUAUUGAAAGAGCAUUUGAGAAAAAAGCCGGAUUCUUCGUGACACUUGCAAAUAGCAAAUUCGCUCUCCUCAAACGAUAUCAUCCCUCGAAAACGACGCUGCGACGUCGACGCACUCUGAACUCUUCUUCCCUCUGCGUUCAAUCGACGAUAUCCGACGACAAGGCAAUUUUGAAGGGGCACAGCCUACGACUAACCCUUCAAAGUGCGCUCCCAGCUCAAGCUACACGGCGUCCUCGUCGCAGUUCGCCGCUCGUCCGAUCGACACACACAUCGACGUCAAGCCAAAAGCUCUGUCAAAAGUGAGGUUAAGUCUAGCGAGAGAGAGACAGGUUAGGCCAACAGAAAAAUGGGAGACAAUCGCGGAACACGAGUCUACGUGGGAAAUCUCACUGAUAAAGUAAAGAAGGAGGAUCUUGAGGGAGAAUUUAUCAAAUUUGGUAAGCUGAAUUCUGUCUGGGUGGCAUUCAAUCCACCUGGUUUUGCUUUCGUUGAGUUCCAGAAUCAGGAUGAGGCUGAGAAGGCCUGUGACAUUUUGAAUGGAACUGAAGUUUUGGGUUCCAAAUUGCGCGUUGAAAUCUCCAAAGGGCGUCCACGUAGUUCUCGUGGUGGCCCUGGUGGGGGUAAAUUUGGUGGUCCAGGCCGUGGAGUAGGCGGUCGUGGUGGUGGCGGUGGUGGAUUCCGCAAUGGCGGUGGCCCCAGACAGAGUUCAGGCGGUGGUGGAGGUUUCCGCAGCAGCGGCGGCCCUGGUGGCUUUGGGAGUCGCAGUAGCGGCGGUGGGGGUGGUGGUGGUGGUGGUGGCUUUCGGCCACGUGGUCGAGGUGGCCGUGGGGGAGGUUAUGACUCUGGAAAUGGGGGUGGAUUCGGUGGACGCUCAGGGGGUGGUUUUGGCCGCGAUCGAGAUGGCGGAGGUUACAAUUCCUUCGGCGGCGGUGGCCGAAGUAAUAGUGGCGGGGGCGGCGGUAGCCGAUUUAGAUCGAGGAGUCCUGCCGGUGGUGGACCUCGUGGAAGAUUUUAAGGCAUUUUUAAUUGUAUCAAAGGAUCCUCCUUCUCAACCAACUAAUGGUCUCAUUCUUAGAUGUUAAAGUGCUAUGGAUGGGUUAUUUUAAACAGUCUGACAAGUUGUAGGCAAUUUUUUAUUUCUAAAAUUGCCAAAAUGGGGAUUUUUUUUAAGAUUAUAAUUAAGUGUGUGAAAAAAAUUAUUUGAUGAAUAAUAAAUUGAAUGUAGUAAAAGGGAAAGACUUUUAUUGAAAGGAAACUUAACGAAGAUUUUGAGAAAAAGGUUGUCAAAAAUUUGGUUUAAUAUUCGUAAAGAUUUAUUUUAAACUAAAAUUAUGUCAUAUUUUCGAAUUUUGAAAACUGAUUCGCCAAAAGUUAAGUUGACUGACGAAUCCUUGACACCAAAUUUAACGAAACAAUUUUAAGUGACAUAAAAAAUCAACGAAAAGUGAUGAAUUCAAAUCUUUACGAAUACACAACAAAUUUUUAACACUUUCCGUAUGUUUCGUUAAGAUUUUUAGACUCCAUGUCAUUCUGGGAAUAAUUUUAAGAGCAUGCCUAUCCAUGGCCUGUGUCUAAGGUCCAAUUUUCGGCUCCUUUAAUCACAAGUUAAAGUGCAAAUUAAUAAGAAAAAAAUAGAAAGAAAAAUGUCAUAAAAGGGAUGAUAUCACCAUUCCUUAAAAUCUCUCUCUCGCUCGAGAUCAAGUGUCAAAGAAAAGAUUGUAAAAGAAAAAAUUUAACGAAAAGACGAAUAAACUUUUGAUAUAAAAAAAACAGCAAGAGGGAUUGAUUGAAAGAGGGAGACAAUAUUUAAGGAGAAAUAAACCACCAUAAAAAAUGUGAAUUUCGAGUUAAGAGAGCAAUGUGCACAAAAAAAACUUUAUUUUUCUGUUAAAGAAAAAAAGAGAACCUUCAAAGAUCAUUCAAUGUUGCAAGUAAAGAAAUAUCGUCAAGAGUAUUGAAAAAUGUAAAAGAAAAAAAAUUAUCUAAAGUGUCUGAAGAGAAUAAAGAGAGGAUAAUAUAGACGACAUAAUCACU